AUGCUCGAGAAUAAACACGGGUCGGGAUUCGAAGGAACGUGUGAACGGCGGCAUAACGCGAGUGUGGGCGCGAAGGGCAGCCGCUCGCGCGCCUCAGCUUCGGCCAAGGCCUCGCUCGCCAGCUCGCCCCGUCUCCUGCCUCUGCCCUCACGCAGGGAGCCUCGGCUUCCCGCCGGCUCCAUUUCCCUCAGGCGGAGCCCCCCUCAGCGCCAGAUCCCCGGAAGGCCUCUCCCGUCCCCGCUUUUCCCCGACAGGAAAUCCUGGCUGGGUUGGGCGCUUGAAGGGAGCGGAGGGAGCCGCGGUAAGCGCCGGGUUCCGGGGGAAGUGGAAUUAUUUUUUACCAGCGAAGAAGAGAUCAACUUCCACAUCCGGUAACAAGGGCCCUAUACAAAAAGGCGCAGACUGACCUGGAAAAGCUUGGCCGGCCCGGCCAUUGGAGGUGGGGGGAAAGGAAGGGAAGAGGAAGGGAGCAGGCCUCGCUUACCGUGCUGCCCGCGCCCGGCCGCCGCCGCCCACGAGCACGACGAGCAGGGGCGCCCAAGGCCGCCGCCGCUUCUCAUAGGCGCCCAAAAGCCCCACAAAAAAGUCCCCGCGCGCGCUCGGCGGAAGGACACAGGCGGCCGCUCUGGUGAGGAGUGAGGCGAGCGAGGAAGGAGGAGAGGCCCGAGGGGGCGGGGGAGCCAGCGCGGAGGACCCACUUUGGCCGCGCUGAGGCGCCUCUCCUGAGGAAUACCCUCCCCUUGUGGAAACGGGGAGGGGGCCGCGCCCCCGAGCUUGCGAACCGGAGGGGGCGCUUUCGCCCUCAUCGGGGCGCGGGAUUAUUUUACCGCACAAACGGUCGGUGGACAAAAGAGGGGGGAAGCGGCGGAGGGAUACGGCCGUCGGAGGAGGCGCACGGCGCACGCGCAGAGCCCGGAAGAAGGGAGGGGGAGACGAGGCGAGAAAGGGAGCCGCCAUCUUCUGCCGUUGGGGGUUUUCUUUUCCCGCCUGAACGGCGGAGGGGGUGGGGACGGGUUCAGAAGGGGAGGCGUGUUUAGGCUCCUCAACAGGCGCUUCACUGAGGGUAUUAGGUCUUUUUCAGCUCUAGGAUAGUAAGUCAAGAGGUGCCAAAGAGGAGUAUUAAUGUUCAGGUUGCAGUCCCAUGCCACCUACCUAGGAAUAGCUUCGUAGGUGUUACUUCAGAGCAGACACGUGUAGGAGUGGGCCGUGAGUUCGCAGUGAGAUCCUGUGCAAACCUCAAUAUGUUUCAGUGUGUUUCGUUUCCAGGGCAACGUAUGAGAGAGUGCAAAAAAGCAAGCUUGUGUCUGUAUGCUGCUCGGUGCAGUAUGGCUUACUCGCAAGUAAGUCUGCAUAGGAUUGUAGGUGAAAGAAAGCCACUUCAUAAACUUAAAUUAGAAAAUAAGUAGGGUAGCUCUGUUGGGCAGUGUGCGCAGCCAUGCAUUUCAAGCAAAGCACACACACACCCCAAAAAAAUCAUGGGAAAAGUUUGUACACACACACUGAAAUUCCCAAUACCUUUAAUAACUUUCCAGAAUUCUUCGACGGAGGCUGGAGUGUGCUUUGGAUGUAUGGUGUAUGCACAGCCUUAUUGUAAUUAGGGAAAAUUCAAAAAAGGAAUAGUGGGGUAAUACCAUUACUAGGACCCCACAAAAUGAGCAAUCUUCAUCAAGCCUGGUGAAUGGGGUGGGGAGCAUUCUGUGUGUGUUUUAUGAAGAAACCAUGCCCUGUCAAUUCACUGCAAUCACUGUACUCUGGGCAGCUCAGAACAAACCACGUUUCAAAAUAUAUUGUAAAUUUAAUAAAAUAUAAUUUGUAUUUAGUAAGUUUCCCAUAAGAUUCAGAGUGCUUUAUGUUGGCUACAUGACAGCUUCCACUGUGCCUUGUAACAGCAGAAUAUUACUGCAGGGUCAGUAGUGAAUGCAGGCUGCAAGCCAAGUGCAGACAGACUCCCAGAAAUGAGGAGCCUUUCUACUCCUUUCUUAUCUCAAUGUAUCUGCUGGUAUCUUGAUUCCAGGCCUAUGAACAUGUUUUUGUGAAGCGAUUCUUGCAGUACCAUCAGCAAAGCUGUGCUUUCAUUGUUCAUCCACUGUAACUAACCUGAUGCUGUUCUGUGAGAAAAACAGGUGGUUACCGCACAAACUGUGCCCCCACAUUUGUCCUGUUCUUCUAGUCCUCUCUUACCCUACAUUUCCACUUGCAAACCACUUUCUUACUUGUGUCUGAAACCCUGCAUUUUGAUGAACAGGUUGCUGAAUGGAAUGGACUUUUAAUCCAAAUGGUAUCUUCUGUUGCAGUAGCUAGUGCAGGUAAAAAUAAUGACUGCUUUCAGAGGUUUAGCUGUUCUCAGAUAAGACCCAAACCAUUAUGUGAUAUGGCAUGGUAAUGUCAGUUUUAAGGAUUCAGGCAGAGAUCCAGAGAUUGAAGGCUCUGUAGGGGAUCUUGAAUUCAACAUCUUUAUUAAGGCUGGCAUGAGUGUAUCCAUGUGAGUUACAACAAUGCAGAUGCUUGUUUAUCCCAACCCACUAUAGUGGGUGAUGUAGCAGCAUUAUUUGAUGCAAUUAAUUAAUAAGGCUGCACCAAGUAUACGGGUUACAUUACUGAUUAGUACUCUCUUUUUCCCUUUAUAGAUAACAAAACAAUGGAACAAUUUGAAGAUCACCUAUCUCUUCAACAAAAAAAAAGGUGUAUCAUUCAGCAUGGGCCAUCAAGGACACAAUCUGCAAACCAACUAA